AUGUCGAUCCCCCGAAUGCCAGAUGGCAGCAGCUUCUAUUUCUCUUCAAUAUCCGAAGUGUACAUGGCAGACACCAGGCAAGGUCUCAAGCAAGUGUGGAAGUUGCCGGUGCAUAUGACCAGCCCCAACGCCUUCCAACCAACGAUUCCACCGACUAUGGGAGAGGCAGAGGAUAUUAUCCGGCGAAUGGAAAGAUAUGACCAGAUGGACGGCAAGAGGAGAGUGUGCACCGCCCUUGAACUCUAUUAUGAGCAGGCAGGAAAGAAGUUGAACAACGAGCCCGGGAAGAACUUUCAGGCUCUUUGGGACCAGCUCGUGGCUAGUGCCCAAGAAGCGGUACAAGAUGCGAUAACCAACAGUAAGAGGUAUGAGCGGCCGAUAGAGUGGGCGCAGCUGCGAGUGGAUAGCAAGCUCUGGGAGGCGAGGUGUGCCUUGUACGCGAUCGAGAAAUGGGACCUCGGACUUGAGAAUCAGGGCAUCAAGAAAUACGAACCCGACCAAUGCUACUACAAGCUACCCAGGUGUAGAAUGCAGUACCCGGAGGAGGAAGACCUAGAAGUCUACCAGCCGCUCAUUCUGCACCGGAACGGAACCAUCUGA